UCUCCAGUCUCCACCUUGCUGGCAAUGUUAGAGCUCAGAGCACUGCCACCCCUCGGCCCAGAGCAGUCUGUAAGCGACACCCAUCUAAUUAAUUAAUGACUCCCCAAGGCUGGCACCGCGACUGCUGGACUGGAAAGCAAGGCUGCAAGGAGUGGAAAGGACGGUACGGGGUAGCUUCUGGCAGAUGCCGAGAGUGCUGCUGGAAGCUAGCUGGCUAUCAAUCACCCUCCCUGCUUGGGCUCCAGUACAGAAAGCAAGCAAGAGAGAGAGACAGAGGAAAUAAGAUGGCGUGGGAUCAGCAUCCUCUCUGCUGGCGAAGGUGCUCUGCCCUCCUGCUGUCUUACUCCAGAGCGGCCAUGAGCCAGUUAAUAGAGGCCACCACUGAACCCCCCAAAAAGAAACCGGACCCCGUCACUUCUGAGACCGUGGUUUUCUGGGGGCUACGCCUCUGGCAGGUGAUUGGAAUCUUUGCCAUCUUUGUCCUGGCAGUCAUUAUAACCCUGUGCUGUAUCUUCAAGUGCCGGAUUCCGCGGACAAAGAAAGAGAUCGAGGCCCGGUAUGCACAGCGGCAGGCAGCCAAGACCUACGCAGACAAACUGGAGACCGUACCACCGCUCAACGAGCUGACGGAGAUCCCUGGAGCUCAUGUGGCAGAAGAGAAGAAAGAGGAGGUGCCCACUGUCUCAGGGAAAGUGGACAGGGCCCAAGGCAAGAAAGAAGGUUCCAAGGGAUCCAAGAAGAAAGAGGGCAAAAAGGAGCAGAAAGAAGGGUCCAAGAAAGAAGGGAAAGAUGAGACCAGAAAGAAGGAAGGAGGGAAGGGUGCAGGUGAAAAGAAGCAAGGAGGUGGAAGGAAAGGUGAGAAGGAGACAGACAGAGCUAAGGCAGGAGGCAGCACCAAGGCUGGCAGCAAAGCUGGGGGGAAUGCCAAGUCCUCAGCAAGGAAACCCCAGCAAAAGAAGUGA